UUGCGCCAACAGGAAUAAAACGUGCUAAAAUGUCUGAAAAUUGCAUCGUUAACGGUAAUCACUACGAGACACUACAUCAAGGACGUUUAAAUAUGUAUAAAUCAAAAGUAGCCGUGGUACUUGGCGCUCAAUGGGGAGAUGAAGGCAAGGGUAAAGUUGUCGACAUGAUGGCGUCGGAUGUGGACAUCGUGUGCAGGUGUCAGGGCGGCAAUAAUGCUGGACACACUGUAGUUGCGAAUGGAACAGAAUUCGAUUUCCAUCUUUUGCCAAGUGGAAUCGUAAACGAGAAAUGUAUUUCGGUAAUAGGCAAUGGUGUUGUCAUUCACUUGCCCUCACUAUUUGAGGAGUUAUCGAAAAAUGAGGCUAAAGGCCUGCAAAAAAUUGAACAUCGUCUAAUAAUUUCGGAUCGCGCACAUUUAGUGUUUGACUUCCAUCAACAUGUCGAUGGCAUGCAAGAAGCAGAAAAGGGUGGAAAAUCUCUUGGAACCACUAAGAAAGGUAUUGGUCCAGCAUACUCCAGUAAAGCUACACGCAAUGGCAUACGCGUGGGAGAGUUAUUAGGUGACUUUAAUUUAUUCACCGAGAAAUUCAAAACCAUUGUCGCAACGCACGUACGUCUCUUUCCUAGCAUUAAUGUAGACGUCGAAGCAGAAUUAAAAAAAUAUGAGGACUACAGAGAACGUGUGAGGCCGUAUGUUAAGGAUACCAUUUGCUUUUUGCACACUGCGCUACGUCAAGGAAAAACUAUUUUAGUGGAAGGCGCUAAUGCAGCGAUGUUGGAUAUUGACUUUGGAACCUAUCCAUAUGUGACUAGUAGCAAUUGCAGUAUAGGUGGUGUGCUUACCGGCUUAGGUUUACCACCUCAAACUAUUGGUGAAGUAAUAGGAGUUGUGAAAGCGUAUACGACGCGUGUAGGUGAUGGACCAUUCCCCACCGAACAAUUAAAUGAAUUUGGUGAAUUAUUGCAAACGCGUGGUUUCGAAGUUGGUGUGACCACAAAAAGAAAACGUCGUUGCGGUUGGUUAGAUAUUCCUUUGCUUAAAUAUACCUCAUUAGUUAACGGCUAUACAUGCAUUUGUAUAACAAAAUUGGACAUACUUGAUACUUUGUCCGAAAUUAAAGUAGCCGUGGCUUACAAGCGUCCCAAUGGUGAAAUAUUGGACCAUUUUCCCGGCACUGUAGCUGAAUUGAGCACAAUUGAAGCUGAAUAUGCUAUACUGCCAGGCUGGCAAACUUGUACAGAAAAUAUACGUGAUUUUAAGGAGUUGCCAGAAAACGCACAAAAAUAUAUACGCUUCCUAGAAAACGAACUGAAAGUACCAGUCAGAUGGGUCGGUGUUGGAAAGGGACGUGAAUCAAUUAUAAAUAUACAUUAACCUAUUUCAUUGAACACAUUUUUGGAAAUAUUGUAUAUUUUUUACUAAAUAUUUUAAUGGACACAAACUUUACUUCAUAUAUGUACUUCAAUUAUAUUUUAGAUUCAUAAUAUUAUUAUACUAAUCAAAA